UCUCUACUUGAUCACUUGAAUACAAUAGGAUCUACUGCAGUGUCGACAUUUUACAAGGAGAUUCCAAAGGAGAAACAGAUAAUUAAAGGGAUAUAAACAUAUACUUUCAUGGGUGCUCCAUUAACAGCUUGGCCGUGGGAGAAUUUGGGGGUACUCAAGUAUGUGUUAUACGGGCCAUUUGUGGCAAAAGUAGUGUACGAAAGAUUUUACGAGGAAAAGGAAUCCAUCCCCAACAUGAGCUGGUGCCUUCACUUGCUCAUACUGUGUGGUCUUAGGGGUUUGCUUCAUGUCUUCUGGAAUUCUUAUUCCAACAUGCUGUUUCUCACACGGAAUCGCAGAAUUAUCCAACAGGGCAUUGAUUUCAAGCAGAUUGACAAAGAAUGGGACUGGGAUAACUUCUUGAUUCUCCAAGCACUAAUUGGCUCCUUAUGCUAUUAUAUAUUUCCCUUCUUUCAAAAUCUUCCUGUAUUGAAUGUGAAAGGCCUUGUUACUGCUUUGAUUCUUCAUGUGGGAAUAUCAGAGCCACUUUAUUAUUGGGUGCAUAGAAAGUUUCAUGGGGAGAAUCUUUUCAAUCGCUUCCAUUCACUUCACCAUUCAUCUCCUGUACUACAGUGCUUGACCGCUGGACAUGCAACAGUUCUUGAGCAUCUUGUGUUGGCGAUAGUGAUUGGAAUACCGAUCCUUGGGGCUUCUAUGAUGGGAUAUGGGUCAGCAUGUUUGAUAUAUGGUUACAUUCUGGUUUUUGAUUUUCUCAGAUGUAUGGGCCAUUCCAAUGUUGAAAUUGUUCCACAUCAGCUGUUUCAGACACUACCAUUUAUGAAAUAUCUCAUAUACACACCAACAUAUCACAGCCUACACCACACUGAUAAGGACUCUAAUUUCUGCCUCUUCAUGCCUCUGUUCGAUGCACUAGGAAACACGCUUAACACCAAAUCUUGGCAAUUACACAAAACAACAAGUUCAGGAAAAAGUAGUAGAGUACCGGAUUUCGUUUUCCUAGCACACAUAGUGGACAUCACAUCUGCUAUGCAUGUUCCAUUCUGUCUAAGAUCCUUCAGUUCUUUGGCAUUCAGAACAAGGUUCUUCUUGAUCCCAUUUUGGCCACUUGCAGUGGUGGUUGUGCUAUCAAUGUGGCUUUGGUCCAAGACCUUUCUACUCUCAUUUUACUACCUAAGGGGUAGGCUGCAUCAAACAUGGGUUGUUCCACGCUGUGGUUUCCAGUACUUCUUGCCGUUUGCUGGUGAUGGUAUCAACAAGCAUAUUGAGCAAGCUAUCCUCAGAGCAGACAAAAUUGGUGUCAAAGUCAUCAGCUUGGCUGCUUUGAAUAAGAACGAAUCACUAAAUGGGGGAGGAAAACUGUUCGUGGACAAACACCCAGAGCUUAGAGUUAGGGUUGUGCAUGGCAACACCUUAACUGCAGCUGUGAUUCUUGAUGAGAUUCCAGAAGACGUUAAAGAAGUUUUCUUAACAGGUGCUACUUCCAAGCUCGGUAGAGCUAUUGCGCUUUAUCUCUGCCGAAAGAAAGUUAAAGUUCUGAUGUUAACUCUUUCGGCAGAGAGAUUUCAGAGAAUUCAAAAGGAAGCCCCGACAGAAUACCAAAGCUAUCUUGUCCAAGUGACAAAAUAUCAAGCAGCACAAAACUGCAAGACCUGGAUUGUUGGUAAGUGGAUCACACCAAGAGAGCAAAACUGGGCACCACGCGGAACACAUUUCCAUCAAUUCGUUGUUCCGCCAAUCUUGCCAUUUAGAAGAGACUGCACUUAUGGUGAUCUUGCAGCCAUGCGGUUACCCGAAGAUGUGCAAGGCCUUGGCAGCUGUGAGUACACAAUGGAGAGGGGAGUGGUUCAUGCUUGCCACGCAGGAGGAGUAGUACACAGUCUUGAAGGGUGGACCCAUCAUGAAGUUGGGGCCAUAGAUGUUGAUAAGAUUGAUGUUGUGUGGAAAGCUGCACUCAAACAUGGUCUACGACCAGUGUCUUCCGGAUCCACCAUCAAAGCCAAAGGAAAUUAAAUUUGUAAUCCAAUUGAUGUAUCUGUUUUUCAAUUGUUUUCUGCUCAAACAAAAACAAUUGGAAACUUUAAUUAACUUAUUGAAAAUUAUACUAGAUGUCAAACUUAAAUUUGAGGGCAAAUGGAAGAAUUGUGCAUCAAAGAAAUUCAAAGACACAAUGUGUGCAUUUUAAGGGUUUUCUAGCUAAUUUGUGUGUCA